AUGCAAGCUCCGUCAUCCGGUUCCCAACGCGCCUUCGCCCAUCGUCGCUCACCUGGCGCCGAGCCCGGGCCGCCACCCAAUGUUCCUGUUCGCUCCAUCUCACCAGCGCUGCAGGCCCGAACGUCGAGCGCCUCGGCGAGAUCUGUCCAGUCCACAGGCUCUCGUAGGAUGAAUCGUGAAGGCUCUGGUAGCGGUUCCAACAUGCCUCUGUCGCAAAUCGAAAAGAGUGUUACCCACCUCCUCGUCGCAACGAAACAGCUUCUCGAAACAUUGACGCAAUGGUCGCGCGGCCAAGCUACCGACAGCCAGGUGUCAGACGUUUACGUGCGCUUGGGCUACGAAUUUAAUAUGGCGUGCCGCGCCUUCACUGCCAUUCAUGUUGACACGUCCGACUUGGGAAAUGUCCCCGACUUAUUGCGACAUAUUCUCGAGGCGACCUUGAGUCAAGAGGCCAGCGCAGAGAGCUUGGAGAAAUACUUGCCUAGGAUUCGUGAUAUUAUUAUUAAUCUAUUACAUGGCCUUAAGCGCAAGCAACAGAAGCUCCGUCAGAAACAAGCUCGAGAUCGCGAUGGCCAUGCACCCGAUAGGGCAACCAGCGUCAGUACCGUUGGCAGCACCAACAGCGGGCUUACCAACAUGUUGGAAGAGGGUUUAGAGAAUGGUUUCCAAACUGACUCGCAACCGGUUGACCCUCUGCCUCCAUCGAGUGGCAGUACCAACCAAUCUCCACGCCGAUUCAAUGCCCAGCGUGAUUCGUCGCGAGUAUCUGUGUUAUCGGAGCAAUCUUCGCUUUCCAGCAACACGAUGCAGAGCAUGCCAGUUGUACCGCCGUACCCAGAGAACGAUAACACAAUUCCCACUGGGCCGCCUGCACCUCCGCCUCCGCCUCCGGGACCCAUUAGAGGAGAGUUGAAUAUCGAUUCGUUUCCUCCGCCCCCGCCAACUCCACCAGACAAUACUUCAAGCGCCCUCGCAGCUUUACAGAAGGGUGGAGAUCUCGAACGACGAGCUUCGCGCAGAUAUUCUCAAUAUCAAAUAUCUAAGCACCUGGGAGGUGCCAAUGGUGUUCCGAUUCUUCCUCCGCAGAAUUCGCCUGUGCCAAAUCGAGGGAGAAAGGAGGUGCGAGAGUCGCUCCGCGCAGUUCAAGGUCGACAAUCUAUACGUCACAAUCGCAAUAAUUCGAGCCAAUCUCUACAAAAUGCGGCCGCCGAAAACUCCCCCGCUAGAAUACCAGACAGGGUUUCCGAAGAAUCGUCGAGGGCAGAAUUGCCUGCAAAGGCAGAUAGCCCUAUGGUGCAGACUCCUGAUGAGGCAUAUGCGGCCAGUGCAACGCUUAGCGGGCCUCCGACUGACCAUAUGUUCUUCCAAGGAGAUGUCAAUGGGCCGGAAACACCGAAACUUGAGAAACCAAAGGCCGAGUUCGAGGUUGCCCCUGCACCACAGCAAAAGCCUACCGAGACAUCAUACUUCCAAGACUCGCCACCACCGACACCAUCUAAGGAUCUGACCUUGUUCCUCCAGUACAAGUCCAAGGUGAAGAAGUUUGUUUUGUCGGAGGGACGGGCCGAGCUUACUAUUGGGCGCCUACAACUUGCAUUCAUCGAGAAGUUUUCAUGGAAUACUCAACAUAAUGGCGCCGACCUGCCCGAAAUAUAUAUCCAGGAUCCUGUCUCAGGGGUGCGGCACGAACUGGAAGAUCUUGCCGAUGUCAAGGACCGCACUGUCCUUGUUCUUAAUGUCGAGGCGCUUGAUGAAGUCAAAAAGCACAUUGAUGAAGGAAUCGCAUCUUUGACAGAAAUUGUCCGUGAUGUCAAGCAGACGGUUACUGACCAAGGAGCGGCUAUUCAGAGAGUCUCUGACCGACAACAAGAAGCCGCGAACGAAAUGGCACGAUUGGCGUUGGCACCUCCCUCAGCAGCUCCCUCGAGCGAUGGAACAAGGGCGCAGAUCAGCUCGGGGCGCAAACUAGACAGUAGCCAUCUCGGAGAGUUGAAGAACUUGCGACACGAUCUAGCCAUCAUGCGCCAAACUUAUUCCAAUUUCCAGGCCGACAUUCAAGACUCGAUGACUACCAUUCGCAACAAAGCUGCCAAUGUCAAGGUUGCCGCCGUCAGGGCGGCGAUUCCCGACAUUGAGGGCGAUGCUGGCUACUCGUAUGUUACCAGCGGGCGCAAACAGCUCAACAGCGACUCCGACCGAUUGGUCGGUAAGGUGGACGAUCUCCAAGAUCUUAUCGAGGAUCUGCGCAAGGACGUGGUGCACCGUGGCGUUCGACCUUUGCCACGACUGUUGGAUUCCGUUGGUAAAGAUAUCGGAACAUUGACCAAAGAACUGAAGAGAAUGGAAGAGUACAUGGGCCAGGAGAAGCCUAUUUGGACCAAGAUAUGGGAGAAGGAGUUAGAGGAUGUGUGCCAGGGUCGUGACGAGCUUCGCCUUAUGGAGGAUCUUUUGGUCGACUUGCGAGACGAUUUGGAGAAGGCCGCUGAGACAUUUACUCUCGUGGAGCAGGCUACCAAGGAGCAGAUGAAAGACAACGGCACAAGCGCAAGCGCAGGAACCGCUCGUCAAUUCUCAAAGGGCCUUGUCAGCCUCGGUAACAGCACCGAUCAGAGCGCGGCAAAGGAGGGUGUCCUCGGUGAAGUGAGGGCUCUACAACCGAACCACGAAGAUCGCCUGGAAGCUAUCGAGCGAGCCGAGAAGUUGCGCCAGAAGGAACUGGCUACACGCAGCGUCAACCCCCUGCACCGCGAAAUUAGUAACUUUGUAGCCGAAGGCAAGCUCAAGAAAUCGGGCGGAUUUGAAGAGGUUGAGCGGGCGCGCAAAGCUAAGGACGAUCGAAUUCGACGAGAGGUCUGGCAGCGUCAAAAUGGCAUCACCCCUGAGAACCCCAUCGGCGAGGAUGGUGAAGCUGGUGGUGAGGGUGACGCUGAGGCCAUGGACGAUGAGGAAGCGGCAUUCCUUAGGGAACUUAUUGCUGAAGAAGAAGCGGCGGCGGCAGCAGCGGCGGCAGCGGAAGACGCUCCCCCUCCACCACCUCCAAAGGAUGGUGAUGAUAAGCCAGAUGAGCCAAACGGUGCUUAG